AUGAAUAACAAUUUCAAUAUUAAGAUAAAAGACAGCUCAUGUGUCAAUUGCACCGGUGUUGAAAAGGUACAGAGGAAAAGGGGAUUUUUUGGCCGCAAAAAGCCUGUUCAGAACUGUAAAUUUCGUGAGAUUAGAGAAUCCACCAUGGCUAGGUUACUUAAGCUUCAGAUUGGGGAUUCUUUAAUUAGGGGAAAUUGUUUGUCUUCUGAUUCUUGUGUCUUGUAUCAAUAUAUCUAUCUAAAGGCAGCAAAACCAUCAAAGACGGCUCGUCCAACCGUGAUUGAUGCGGAGCUGGAGGAUAGAAUUAGUUGGUUACCAGGUCAUAUAAUAGACCAGAUUCUGUCACACUUGCCCAUUAGGCAUGCUGUGACUACAAGUGCUUUAUCAAAAAUGUGGAGGUACAAAUGGACCACAAUACCAAAUCUUGUGUUUGAUAGAGAAUGUGUCUAUGAACCUUCCCGAUGCCCUUCAGAUAUUGUUGCGAUCAAACUUUUGAGAAUUAUUCAUCACGUACUUUCACGUCAUUCUGGGCCUAUCAACAAGUUUGUGUUCUUCUAUCAGGAACCCGUGAUUGAGACUUACUUUGAUAGGUGGAUACUUUGGUUAACCAGAAAGUCUAUCAAAGAGCUUGAGCUGGAGAUAUGGAAUUGUCAGCCCUAUAAGUUACCUUGCUGCUUAUAUUCUUGUCAAAGCUUACAUCGUAUACAAUUAUAUCAUUGUUGGAUUCAUCCUCCAUCUGCAUUUAAAGGAUUUAGGAACUUGAAAAUUCUUAAAUUGGAUGACGUUACAAUAACUCAAGUUGCCUUUGAAAAUUUGAUAUCCGGAUGCCCUUUGCUUGAAGAUUUGAGAUUGACAUGGCUUGAUGGUUUCACCCAAGCUAUUAUUCACGCACCAAAUCUCAAGAAUUUUGAGAUUUAUGACGUCAAAGGUGGUAUAUUGGAGAGUAUUAUCUUUGAAAACACUUUCCAACUAACUAAGGUAACUAUUGAUUUAAACAUGUAUAUGAACUUUGAAAUCAAUCAAAGUAGAUCGCACGGAUGCUCUAGCAAAUUGCUCAACCUUUUCAGUCAUCUACCUCACUUACAGAGCCUGGAGAUUUGUAGCUGUUUUUUAAAGUAUUUGGCUGCUGGUGUUGUGCCUGUAAUGCUUCCUACAUCUUGUAUCAGUCUAAGUUAUCUUAGCUUAUGUAUACGCUUCAACAACUUGAAGGAAAUUUCGGCUGUGCUUUGCUUGCUCAAAAGUUCACCUAAUCUUCAAAAACUAGAAUUAUAUGAGCCAAAGGAGGAGGAGGAGGAUGGGACUGCCCUUUUAGCACAGGUCUCCUAUUGUUGGAAAGAUAUCUUUUUUGAGCCAACCAUACCUCUCGGAGCACGACAUGUGAGGAUAGUAGACAUCUCUGGUACCAAAUCUGAAAUAGAUUUAAUCAAAUUUCUACUUCUAUAUUCUCCUUUGCUAGAGAAGAUGUAUGUGAAGCCUAGUAAAAAUGUCAAACCAGAGUUGGUGACCGAAAUAAGUGGGUUCAGGAGAGCUUCAGGACAAGUUGAAGUUAUUUACGAUGGGGAAACUACUGUCCAAAGACACCCUAUUGGAUGCAUUAGUCCAAAUGAAGAAACGAAGUAGAGGGGGAACAUUUCCAAAACAUUUUGAAACACUUUCUGCUUAUGAUUUCUGAGUUUGAUUAUGUUAGUUUCCAUGUUUCAAACUCUAGACCUUAUAUUUAAAGUAAGACUCAUUUGAUAUUAGUUAGCUCACCACAAGCUACUUGUUGAGAACAUAUGCAACUGGUGUUAUUUUACCGUUAACUAUUAUGUCAUGCCAUUCUAAAACUACAAUAGUCAGAAGCUAAGUUAAUCCUUGAGAAGUUUGCUCUCUUAUAUGAUACAUC